UGCAAAAGUGUGUUUUAGAAACACAAUUUCGGUGUCAUUAUGAAGCGGUAUUACUGUGAUUAUUGCGAUAAAUCCUUUCCAGACAACAAGCAGAACCGACGAAAGCACAUGAAAGGUGGACAGCAUCAAUCAAAUGAGAAGCUCCAUUAUCUGAAUUUCAAAGCUCCUGAAGAAAUCUUGGAGGAGGAAUCCACAAAAACGCCCUGCCAGAGAUUUUAUCGAACAGGUGAAUGCAGUUUUGGCGUAAUCUGCAGGUUCUCCCACUUAACAACGCAGAGAAGACACGAGCUCCUAAAUGAAAUUGAAGAGAGAAAGCAUAUUGAAGCGUCACAAACAAAGCCUGGAGAGAAGACUAAUCCUACAGUGGAAGACUGGCUAGAGAGUAGAACCAAGAGAAGGAGGACUGAAAAAGAGACUAGCCAAACAGGGGGAGGAGAGGUGGAUGAUGGAUCAUCAGAUGACAGCAUGGGUGUAGGCAGUCUACCACCUGUACUAAGAGGCAUACCAGAUCUUCCACCAUCUCUUCUCCCGCCCUCUGUAGAAAGCCUGUUGCGGAUUAAAGAUGUGGAGUGGGGUUGACGCAGGGAUUAACAGAUAAAAA